CGGUUCCUUCUGAAGUGUCUCAAACCUACUAGUAAAGUUAGGGUACACCGGAACUUGAUACUUACGUAUCAUCGUCCAUUGCGUCAUGUCACCACAACCCAGAUUGGUGAUACCAACACUCUAUUUGGAUAUCUAGUACUAGGGACACGCAAACACCACCACAGAUAUCCAUCACUAUUCCAAGGUAGGGGUACAUAGCAUUCAAGAGCAGUCGCAUUCAGUCGUUCCUUCUUACCACCCAGAACACAGCAACCGUUCAUCAAAAUGAGUUCCUCGAACCACCACCGUCCCGACAUGGAAAAGCACGCAGACCCAGAUCCCAUAGCCUACGAAAAAGAAAUCUACCAGAAAGGCCUGAACUACGCCCGCCCUCCGUUCAGUUUCAAUGCCCUAGACUGGGAAGGCCUCGCCUCAGAACGCAUGUCCGCCGAAUCCCGCGGCUACAGCAUAGGCAGCGCGGGAACCGGUGAAACCCUACGCAAAAACCGCGAAGCAUUCUCCAAAUGGUCCAUCACACCGUCCCGACUAAUCGGCACAAAAUCCUUCCCCGACCUCUCAACCAGAGUCCUCGACAAAAAGCUCCCCUUCCCCAUCGCCAUCGCCCCAGUCGGCGUACAAAAGAUCUUCAACCCAGAAGGCGAACUCGCCUCCGCCCGCGCCGCAGCAGCCCAAGAUGUGCCGUACAUCAUGUCCACGGCAUCCAGCACAUCGAUCGAGGACGUCGCAAAGGCCAACGGCGACGGCGAGCGCUGGUUUCAAUUAUACUGGCCGUCACGCGAGCAGGACGACAUCACAAUCAGUAUCCUCAACCGCGCCAAAACUUCAGGUUUCUCUGCACUGAUCGUCACGCUCGACACAUAUAUCCUAGGCUGGCGGCCCAGUGACAUGAACAACGGGUAUAACCCGUUCCUACGCUCCGACCAGAUCGGCGUAGAGAUCGGUUUCAGUGACCCCGUGUGGACAGCGCAAUUCAAAGAGAAGCACGGCGGCUCACCUCAGGACAACCUGGGCGCCGCCGCCGCAGAAUGGACACGCACCAUUUUCCCGGGCUUCUCCCACGGCUGGGAAGACAUCAAGUUCCUCCAGGAACAUUGGCAGGGUCCGAUCAUUCUCAAGGGCAUCCAGACCGUCGCCGACGCCAAAAAGUGUGUCGAAGUCGGCGUGCAGGGUCUGGUCGUUUCCAAUCACGGCGGACGCCAGGUCGAUGGCGGGAACUCCUCACUCGGCAUCCUACCCCGGAUUGUUGAUGCGGUUGGUGACAAGAUAGAAGUGUUGUUUGACUCAGGCAUCCGCUGCGGCGCUGACAUUGCCAAAGCCAUGGCUCUCGGCGCGAAGAUGUGUCUAAUCGGAAGGCCCUUCGUCUAUGGCAUGGUACUUGGUGGUGAGGAGGGCGUGAGCCACGUGUUGAAGGCUCUGCUCGGGGAUCUCGAGUUGACACUUCACCUCGCUGGAAUCACAUCGACAUCUCCAGACGUCUUAAACCGGGACGUUCUGGUUCGGGAAAGUGACUUCUUUUGAGUGAUUGUGCUGUUAGAUAGAGAACAGUUUUCACAAAGAGAAAAGAUGGUUGUAAGGUUAUAGAUAGAUGUCAAAAAGGGUACAUCUUCAUAGAUAAUCGGGGUUU